AUGUUCAUCCCCACCCCCCAGCCCCUCUCCCCCGCUUCCACAUCGUCCUCGAUGUCGGCCUAUGUCUCGCGUCUGGACCUUACUUACGGCUCCGUCGGUAGAAACACCAUGUCCGCUGGCUCCCAGACCGCUUGGCUCGCUGGCCUCUCGACCAGCUUCGAGGCCCCCACUGAGGAGCAGAAGUUCCUCCGCAAGACCUCGAUCAUUGCUACCAUCGGCCCCAAGUCCAACAGCGUCGACAUGAUGCUCAAGCUUGCCGACGCUGGUAUGAACAUUGUCCGCAUGAACUUCUCGCACGGUUCGUACGAGUACCACCAGUCGGUCAUCGACCACGCCCGUGAGGCCGACAAGAAGAGCCCCAGCGGCCGUCCCCUCGCCAUUGCCCUCGACACCAAGGGCCCCGAGAUCCGUACCGGUCUCAUGGCCAACGACCAGGACGUCCCCAUCCCUGCCGGUCACGAGUUCUGGGUCACCACCGACAAGGCUUUCGCCGAGUCGGGCAACGCCGACCAGAUCUUCAUGGACUACUCCAACCUCCCCAAGGUCACCCAGCCCGGCAAGCUCAUCUACGUCGACGACGGUAUCCUCUCGCUCCAGGUCCUCGCCAUUGAGGGUGACCGCCUCCGCGUCAAGUCGCUCAACGCCGGCUCGCUCUGCUCGCGCAAGGGUGUCAACCUCCCCAAGACCCCCGUCGACCUCCCCGCCCUCUCGGAGAAGGACAAGGCCGACCUUGCCUUUGGUGUCCGCAACAACGUCGACAUGAUCUUUGCCUCGUUCAUCCGCCGCGCCGACGACGUCCGUGAGAUCAAGAAGGCUCUCGGCGCCGACGGUGCCGGUAUCAAGAUCAUUGUCAAGAUUGAGAACGAGCAGGGUGUCACCAACUUUGACGAGAUCCUCCGCGAGGCCGACGGUGUCAUGGUCGCCCGUGGUGACCUCGGUAUCGAGAUCCCCGCCUCGCAGGUCUUCCUUGCCCAGAAGAUGAUGAUCGCCAAGUGCAACAUUGCCGGCAAGCCCGUCAUCUGUGCUACCCAGAUGCUCGAGUCGAUGACCUUCAACCCCCGCCCUACCCGUGCCGAGGUUUCCGACGUUGCCAACGCCGUCCUCGACGGUGCCGACUGUGUCAUGCUUUCGGGCGAGACCGCCAAGGGCAACUACCCCAUCGAGGCCGUCAAGAUGAUGGCUGAGACUGCCUACCUCGCCGAGUCGGCCCUCUCCAACUCGGCCCUCUUUGACCAGCUCCGCCAGCUCACCCCCCGCCCCACCGAGACCGCCGAGACCCUUGCCCUCUCGGCCGUCGCCGCCGCCAUCGAGCAGGACGCCGGUGCCAUCAUCGUCCUCUCGACCUCGGGUGUCUCGGCCCGCCUCAUCUCGAAGUACCGCCCUUCGUGCCCCAUCAUCUGUGUCACCCGCAAGGAGCAGACCGCCCGCCAGCUCCACCUUUCGCGUGGUGUCUACCCCGUCUGGUACCCCGAGCCCCGCGGUGUCCCCGGCGACAAGUGGCAGGUUGACGUCGACAACCGCAUCCGCUUCGGCCUCAAGAUGGCCCUCGAGCUCAAGAUUGUCAAGCCCGAGGCUACCGUCAUGGCCGUCCAGGGCUGGAAGGGUGGUCUCGGCCACACCAACACCCUCCGUAUUCUCUCGGUCCCCUCGGACCCCGCCGACCUUGAGAUUGCCUACAUUGACCGCCCCGCCGAGUAA